CUUCACAGCUGUAUUAGCCGCUGUUUUGGUCGCUUAUGUUAGCGCUCGCGUUAUUUCCGACAGUACCCGAAGGCAACACACCCUCCGCUAAUCUCGUAGGGAGUGAGAGACCUUCAUCUCAGGGAGAGGACGUUGUUUUUAAGGUGUUAAACGAGUGUUAUCUUGUGUUCUGUCCAACAUGCUGAACCCGCAGAGGUCUCUGUCCGAGCUGCCCAAGAUGUCGGCUGCCAGUCAGGUGGAGAGAGCCGUGCUGGAGGAGGAGUUCAACUGGCUGCUGAAAGAAGAAGUGCAUGCUGUGCUGAAGCAGCUCCAGGACGUCCUCAAGGAGGCCUCUCGACGUUUCUCUAUGCCCACCCCAGGCCUGGAGAGUCAGCUCAAACAGGAGAACUUCAUCCUCGGCAGCUCAACCAUGGACCAGGUGAAGGGGGUGCUGACUCUGCAGGGAGAGGCUCUGACUCAGGCUGACAUAAACCUGAAGGUUGCAAAGAGCAGCCAAGUGCUGCACUUUCAGUUCAGAGAGGACAAGCUGUGGAAGCUGCAGCAGAUCCAGGAUGCCAGGAACCACGUGAACCAGGCCCUCGGGCUCCUGGGCAGCCGUGAUGAGAGCUACCACUUUAAGACGGGGGCAGAGGUCAAUAAGCUCAUGGAUGCAGUGAUGCUGCAGCUGACCAGAGCCCGCAACCGCCUCACCACCCCCGCCUCCAUGACGUUGCCCGAGCUGGCCACCAGCGGGCUGAUGAAAAUGUUCACCCCCCCCAUGCCUGGGGAUGUGAUGGUGAACUUUUACAUCAACCUGAGCAAACUGUGCCUGACGGUGUACCAGCUGCAUGUGCUGCCUCCCAACACCACCAAGAACUACAGGCCCGCUGGAAGCUCCGUGCUGCACAACCCAGGAGCCAUGUUCGAGCUCAACAACAACCGCUUUGAGGUGAGCCACGUCCACAAGGUGGAGUGUGUGGUGCCGUGGCUGAACGACACGCUGGUGUUCUUCACCAUCUCUCUGCAGCUCUGCCAGCAGCUCAAGGACAAGAUCUCUGUCUUCUCCAGCUUCUGGAACUACAGACCGUUCUGAGCCUCUUCCUGCCGAGCUCUUUAUUUUUUUAUACACAGUACAUAUAAAUAUAUAUAUAUCUCAUGCAGUCAUUCAGCUUCAAAUGUUGCACGGGUCAGCCGAAGGAGCCAAUCAAACCCACAGAUAUCAAUAUUCACACGGUGUUAGCUCGGCUGACUGACAUUCCUCUGGUGUGUGUGUGUGUGUGUGUGUGUGUGUGUGUGUUUGUGUUUCAUCUCGCAGCAGUGACUUGAACCUCUCAAUGAAUGAAUGGAAGCAUGAAUGAGAUUGUUGCUGAUUUGUUAUUAUAAUGUAUUUGUUAGUGAGUAUUUAUCCUCUGAGCUGUGUUGCUGUGUGGAUGACUCAGGGCGGGAACACUAAGCAGUGCUAGGAGGUCCCUUUCUGUUUCAUUUUAUCAUAUAAUUGUCCUCUCUUCAAAAAGGCCCCCCCACCAAUGUCCAUGUUAAAGUCUAAUCUAUAGUCAUGGUUGUUAUUACUAGGCCAGGGUGGGUGGCUCUGCAGGAGAUACCUCACAUCAUGAGUUAUCUGUGGGGGGGUUACUGUUGUCCAGCUCUGCUCUCAAUCUCUGGAUGAGAUACUAAACUGAAUGCAUCACUGAACACCAUGAGGACAUUCUCACCUCUCAGUGGUUAGAUAUUAUGAGGCGGCAGUCAGAAGGAGCUUCUAUCUGUCCGAAUAUUAAAAAAAGCCAAAGUUUGUGCACGCUACUAACAUCAGCUGUUGCUCGUUCACCUCCAGAACACAGAGCCCCCUCUAUAGAAGCCAUUCAGCUCACACUGGAAGAGAACGCUUAGAUUGGAUCCACCAACCAACUGCUGAGAAUGACUGAGACAGACUGAAGAGAGAGGACUGAAUGAAAAUGCCUUUAGUUUGUAUUUGUAGACCACUAACUCCUAAUAUACAGUCUGUGUGAGGAACUAGAAAGGUGGUGUUGGAUAAAAGUGGGCAUUAACUUGUAAUGAGGGUCUAUCAAUAGGUCUUUUUGAGUCUACAGUCAGGAUGUUUCAACCUCUACAGGACCGAUGUUCUGUGUCUAAGUCCCCCGGAGUUAUCUUUGAAUGUGCAUUCACAGAACACCAAGCUGGGAUAUGAGUUUAUUGAGUCCACGGUUAAAGUACUGGGUGUUUCAAAGUGUAUGAGGAGCACAGUAUUGCAAAGUCUUAGCUGUGAGGGGGGUGUACACUCGUAUCAGUGUGAUUAUUGAAGGUGUUCCAACAUGUUGUAGACAGAUGAUAGUCACGCCACAGACGGCACAGGAUCAGCUCCUCCCUUCAGAUGCUGAUGUUGAAAACCUCGUGUCAGCAUAUCAACUUACAUUUAGGGGUUUUUGUAUUCGUUUUUCAGGCAUGUCUCUAUCAGAAUUUAUUUAUUUUUUGUUGGUGAAAAUGACAAAACUCACAUUCCCUGUUUGUUGAAAGGAUAAGCUACCUGUCUGAUGUGUUUCUUUGCUCUAUGUUCUUAAUUAUUUCACAUGUUUUGCACAUGAUGUUGUUGAUUCCAUGUGAACCAAACACUAAACAAAUCAUGAACAAAUGACUUCAUUCCAGUAAGUGUUAAACUAUCUUAGAAAGCUGCUUAUUAUAUAAAAUGUGGAAAUUAUUUAUCUGUCUGUGCAAUAAAAAUAUAAUAAAUGAUAA